CACGCACAAAAUUGCCGUUUCCGAAUGGCCACGGCCGUGCUCCGCCGCCCAUUCCUCGCCGCGCUCCUCCUCCCCGCCGCCGGAGGGGCGUCCGGGACCUCCUCCUGGUUCCGUCCCCGGAGACGUAGGUCCUCUCCUUCCGUGCGCGCGGUGUCUUCCGACUCCCCCAAGCCCGUCGCCUCCACUUCCUCCCCCACCGGCGGUGACAGCCCCGACGAGGAACCACCGGUCCUACCGCUCCUCCAGGAGCUUGCGGAUUGCUUGAUUCUUCCGCCCAAGCUCCUCGCUCAGCUCCCGAGCGACCUUCGUCUCGACCUCAAUGACGCUGCGUUUGAUCUCUCCAACGGGCCAGUUCUCGACGAGUGUGGCCAAGAAGUGGGUGAUCUGCUCCUGAACCUGGCAAAAGCAUGGGAGUUAGCUGAUACGUCAACAUCAAAUAGCAUUGCCAAGCAGCUGCCGUUGAUGGAGCCCUACUUGACGCGCAGCGCCAAAUCAGCGUUUGGCAAGCGGCUGGUGUCAGCUGGAAGGAGGUUUCAGUCAAUGGGACAGUACAACCAGGGAGAACUCAAAAAGAUUGCUGAAACAAUGAUCAAGAAUGGUAAGCUGCUAUCGAAACACCCAGUGGUUCAAUCUGAUGUUCAGGCUAUGAAAGAAAAAAGGAGACUAAAGUUUGGAGAACUUGAGUUCGGAGUGACUGCUCAAAGUGCCACUAUCGGUUCUGCAGUAGCGGCAAUUUUUGGAUUAAUCUCAUGGCAACUAGCACGAGGCGUGCAAAGUAUUCCUGACAAUACAACGCAAUACACAAAUGACAAUGCACUGCAGUUGGCCAAGUCGCUCAAGACCGCACUGCUUGUUCUUGGCUACACAUCUACCGGCCUAUCCUUAUUCGCGGCUUUUGGGCUGCUGUUGCUAGCCCAGCAGAUUAACUCUGAGAACAAAUCGGAGUAACUGACAGGCACUCGCUGAAGUUGUGGACCUCAUGCCUUGCCUUUCUAUGCUCCAAUGAGGCAAACGUUCAUAGGGAAUUGCAUACACUGGGACCUUGUGUGUAUCAGUGCAUGCAAUGUUCUGUAUAAAAAUAAAGAGCCAAUUGUUUGUGAUUACGGAUAAAAUAAUCGGUGGAGAUAUUGAAGCAAACAUGGAAGUCAGCCUGGGACUGACUGAAGAACAAAUUGUUAGUGAACGCAACAGGGAACUGCUUGUAUUCAAAAUUGUGCUUUCGGAGUGUGGUACUGCUGUUACUCAUCAAAACUGAAAAAAAUCGUUCUUACCAUCAUAAUUAAGUAUGAUGAAUGAGUAUAUAUUCUGCAUGGUUUUUUUUU